CCGAACUAAACGUACGAGGCUCCGAGUCGGAGUUCGGGACAUCCUCGCGUCGCAUCAAUGGGGUUAUCAAAUAGUAUCAGACCCGAGUAGUAAGGUCGAUAAAUAUGUGACCGACUUAGGCCCAGGCUGGAACCGCCCGAGUCAAACUUUACCGGUGUCGACGUCAGUAUCGUGUUCAACGCGACACACCAAAAUUUCUGCGGUAGCUAUGUCAGACCCUGUCGCUUCAAAGUCUGGCUUCCUAUGCACAUACAUGAAGAACCAUCCUGAUGCGUUGAUUGCAUACGUGAAAUAUUUUGGGAAAGUCGAGGGUGAUGUGCUUACUGUUGAGAUGUCUGACAUUGACUCAAAGGGCAUGAUACUUGUAUACAAGCUCAAGUCUGGACCAUCAAAUACGAUUCGGGUACCAUUUGAUCCACUGCUUUCAGGGUACGAUCACGUCAAACCUCGCCUUUCGAGUAUGAAGGCAGAGGCGCUGGAAGGUCUUGGUAUGCUCAAAGCUCCCCAAUUGACUACAUUCCGCUUUCCUCCCAAAGCUGCCAUAACACCAUUCGUUUUCCUCGCGUAUUUUUAUCUCCUUUCACCGCCACCCCCUGGCACAACAUUCCUAUCUAUCCCUGUCACCAGUAUGGAUGCAUUCUUCUCCCCAGCGCGCGCGUUUAGAGACCUCACUGGUCUCGGUUUUCCAUUUCGAACUCUUUGCAUAAUACUCGGUGCCGUUCACGCAGUUGAAGGACCGUAUACCUGGUCACUUUGUAGGCGUUUUGUGAAAGGCGCUGUAGUGACGGCUACUUAUGUGGGCUGUACUUUGUUGUUCGGAUUACACAUAUGGACAGACCUCAAAAGACGCGUUCAUCAGAAACGCGUCGAAACCGUCACGAAGUUUGAAUAAUAUCUCUGGAUUUGCAACUCGCGCAGAUAUGUAACUCGGGGUAUCGAGUUACAGGGUAUUUGGGUGGGUGAUAUUGAGGAUCUGGGUACAUUUUCCUUUCUUUCUUGUUAUUAAUUAGGUAUUGAGCAGUGUCAGUCAGUGCUCUUCGGGCAUAUAUCGUGUCAGAACCUCAAGACUUGGCAUAACCAGUCUGACUAUACUAUUUGAGAUUAAAGGAGUCGCACCACUCGACUUUGAAUUGUCUGUGCUAGUAAGAACUAC